CGUCACUGUCAUUUGAAAGGGUCACUGAUAUCUCUUCAUUCAGGGCAGCAUGGCUCCGCGGGUGUUUAAGGGUUAACGGGUUACGCGUUCUGGGUGUUCUGAAAUAUGUGGAAGCUCCACGCAGCCAAUCAGAAGUUGGAACAGCUGUCUGUCUGGCCAAUGGGAGGGCGCUGAGGGUCAGAGUCAGCCGCAGGUGAAGAGGAUAGUAGCGCUGUGUUCAUUCACACUCGCGUUCUGGCGACGUGGAUGCGCAUCCACAGAAACUCCGUUCACGCGGGCCGCGAUGCGACCGAGCUGCCGCCGCGGGGCUCAAUCUCCAUUAGAUCCGGAUCUGGAGCGUCUAACCCCGUUGCUUUGUGAUCAACAGUGACUUUUCCUGCUUAAAAUGGCUGUGCGCAGUAACUCUCUGAUGCCGUUCUCCAUUCAAGCCAUUCUGAACCGAAAAGAGGAGUCUCCACAUUUGAACGAUCUGGAUGUUUGUUUCUCAAAACGCGCGUGCUGGAAAAUCUUCGAUGAAAUGGAUGGACCGGACAGGAGCGAGGAGAGAGAGCACAAGAACUACGACUCGGACUCCGGGAUGAGCGAGGACAACGACAGUAAAGCGCAAAUCGACGCAAAGCCCGAAAAAGACGCAGAUUUAGCGGACGAAACGGAUCCGGAAUCCACGGCGGCGGAGCACUGCAAAGGCCUGGACUGCGUGUCCGACUGUAACGUCGGCGAGGAGAAGAGCAGCGAUCAGCCCAAGCAGCGGAAGAAGCGCUCCCGCGCCGCGUUCUCGCACGCGCAGGUGUUCGAGCUCGAGCGGCGCUUCAAUCAUCAGCGCUAUCUGUCGGGACCGGAGCGCGCGGACCUCGCCGCCUCUCUCAAACUCACCGAGACGCAGGUCAAGAUCUGGUUCCAGAACCGACGGUACAAAACCAAGCGACGCCAGAUGGCCGCCGAUCUUCUGGCCUCGGCCCCGGCGGCGAAGAAAGUGGCCGUGAAGGUGCUGGUGCGCGACGACCGGCGGCAAUACAUCCCCGGUGAAGUGCUGCGACCGCCGCUGCUCUCCUAUUACUAUCCGUACACAUACUGCCUUCCCGCCUGGAGCCUGUCCUCCGCGUGCACGGGAAGCCAGUGACACCGGGACUUACAGUAUUUAUUCUACUAAAGACAUUCGUUAACUGAACACACCAGGCCCGGUUCUACGGUGGUGCUGGAGGGUGCUCAACGGUGCUCAAACGAAAUCAAUAGCACUCUCAGUUAAAGCUGCAUCAAUGGCAUUUCAUUGCAGAUUUUGGCAAGCUAUGUUUCUAUCUGAACGUGUUAUUGCAGCGUUGAGCAAUGUAGCCGAUCACAGACAUAUCUGUUGAUUUCUUGAAGCCAACAGCCAAUCAGAGGCGUUAAUGUUAGAAUCCACUCACUGCUCAAAUCGCGUUCAGCACGAAUCAUCUCAUUAUAACGAAGUGUAGAGAGAUUCAACUUUAUGAGAUCGUGAUGAAUUAAGAGUGAUUUUUAGAGAUUGUCAACAGUUUUUUUGCGCCAUAGCAAUGGACGGCACCUUUAUAAAGCCUUUAUAGAUAUAUUAAGGUUAGAGCACCCUCACUUAUUUGAGAAGCACCCUCAGUGAUUUGAUUCUGGAGCCGGGCCUGGAGCACACCGACCGAGGAGCCAAAACCGGAGAUUUAUUCACAGAACUGCCUUCGAACUCGGGCCGAAACUGCCUUUUUUUUCUAACAAGUAGGCUACUAUAUGAGUUUUACACUCUAUAAAACACCAUUAGGAUUUUGUUUCAGAAUGUAUGGAAAAUAUGUCGGUUUUAAGCAAAAAUUCUUUCUUCUGGUUGGAAAACAGCACUUGAUGUCGUUACUCUGCGCGGUUCUUGUUAUCGGUAACGGCAAGACUGGCACUUUCCCCCACAGUUCAAAAUGUUAGGAAAAUACUGGUUUGUUGGACUCGAUAAGUGAGCAGUGAAGUCUCAACGUUUACUCGACUUGUGUAUGUUUUCAUAUUAGUGUAACUUGUUUUGUUUAAUGAAAAAGAAAUCAAACAUUAAAACGUAUGAAGCAUAAUUUCAGUCGUGUUUCUCGCAUUUUAUGAGAUGCCCUCAAAGUAAAAGCAUGAAAUUAAUGACCCGUGACAUGAGCCCACUGGAGUCAUUAAAUUAUAGCCUAGUGCAAGUUUGACACAAAACAGCAAAGAGGAAUCGCAAAAUAAUCGUUAAAUCCACAUUUAGAAACAGUGUAGGCUUAAAUUCUAUGCAAAAACUCUGGUUUCAUUUACAUUCCUCUGAGGGAAAACCGCCCUGGUUCAUCUGCGAUCGAUUGUUUUGAUGUAUGUAUGUUAUUUUAGGCUAUCAUGCCGCUGAAUUGUGCUCUAAAGUUGAAUCCAUAUUUAAUAAAAAAAAAAAAAAAAAAAAAAAAAA